AUGGAUAGCAACACGUGUAACUAUCACAGGGGCGCUAACCAAGGAAUCGCACCGGGCUAUGUCAGUAACGAAAAUGUGCUCAGCGUGGGCAACUACGGUAGCAUCCGGGGAGAGUACAAUGCGAACCCCACCUCGAGUUUUUAUCUUCCAACAUCAUCAGGCUUCAGCUCGAUCAGCACUGUGAGCAGUACCGGCCAAGUGAACCCUACAAGUAACUACACCCCUUGUGAGCAUCUCCUAAAUUCAUAUGCAUGUCUAGAGCCUUCGGUUAGCAAAGGGGGGGCAACCUCCCACACGAACACGUUCAGCAAUAUCGUGGCUCCCUACAUUGGAAACGCAGAUAAAGGGAACAAUUUAAACGACUCAGGUGGGGUUUGGGGGGAUUAUUCGUCUAAAGGGUUGACUCAGAGUUAUGACAGGAGUAGGGGUGGGUCGUGUGUGCAGUGUGCUUGUUGGGGACGGAAUGCAGACCAUGAGCGAGGCACUCUGGAUGCGGGCCUUUUAAACAGGGCAUCGGGGCCGUUCCUGGGCUACGGCGUUUACUCGGCGAGUGGAGGCACCCAUCCCAGCGCGAGCGCGAAGCGUGCCUUGAUUAAUAUCAGCUCAGUAAGCCAUGCUCCAGAAAACGCUAACGUAAGUCUCAACACAAGGGAGAAUUUGACUUUUAAUGCCGGCAGAACUUAUGGGAAUGCCAUCGCACAGGGGGUGAGCGGCUACUCGGGGAGCAUCGUGGCGGAGCGCGCGGGGGGAAGCAGCCAGGUUACCAGCGCGGUGAGCCUACCUAGUAACGCGGUCAGCCUUCCUAGCAACCCAUUAUCAACGCACGUCCUCGAUGCAAACGCCAACGCCUUCCAGCCCCUAACCGAACGUGUGAGAUCAAAUGGCGAAACCCCCACUCACCCGUCGAAUGCACCUCACAACGCGUACGAUUAUAUAGCCCUAAAUCAACUGUGCCGCAGACAGUGCACAGCCCCAUUCAAUUAUCCAUCCCUAAAUGGGUGUCUCUUAAGGGGGAUGAACUCUAGCACUGCCAACAGCAUAACAGAGUUAACUAUGAAGACGACUGGCAGUGCGAAGAAUAACACAAGUGGGUCAUUCCCCUCGGAUGGAAAUCCAUUUCACUCUUCGGCCAUUUCCCUGUCAGGGGGGGAGAACAUCAACUCAGCUGCUGCUGUGAACCCUAAUCGGAUAGGCAUGGCCGUGCCUACCAUAAGUAUAGUCUCGCCACAUCCAAGUGAGACAUCACAGACUGGGACUGCUUGUCUUACUGCACCCGGUAUGUGCAUCGAUGCGCCUAUCCCAUGUGUCUCCUCGCCCAACGUACAAAUGAAUAGCGUGACCCCGGGGAGGCCAGGAUUAAACUUAAACAUUUUGGGAAACUACCCAGAGGUAUCACUCCCACUUCGCGAUGUCGAAAUGAAGAACAUUAUUUACCGCAACGGGGGGAACCGGAGGAGCUUCACGAACGAGGUGAAUCCGUACACCUCUCUAAGAGUGAACAACGAAGUGAUGCGGACUACUUUAGGAGCCGCCAUUGGUAUGGGGAAGACCGGGCGGAACAGCCACUCCUACCUCAGGGGGAAUACCAACGAGUCGGUAAGGAGCAACGCGGGAAGGAGAAGUCACAGGGGGAGGAGCAACCACACGGGAAGGAGUACUCACACGAGAAGGAGCACUCACACGGUGUACCCUGUAAGUGAGACCAGAACGGGAGGUAUUUCCAGAGGGAACGAAUACAGAGAGGAAUAUGGAGGGCCCCCCUCGGACAGGGACUUUUUGUAUGCACGAAACCGGAAGUCUUACACUCAGAUGAGCGAAGCGAUGGAGCCAGGAGGCUACAAAGAAGAGAACAUGACUGGUCGGACCAAUCGACCCAUGGAUAGGUACACACACUUGAGGGAAGGGAAAAUACUAAAUAAGAGGAGCUACGAUUUGUUUGCUCACAGCGCUAAUGAGCCGCGUGAAAAGAAAGGCUUCAGCAGUUUUCACCAUGCGCCAAAUGUGAAACGCAUAAGCACGCACCGGAGCUCCAGAGGGAGGAACACACUUGGGAGGGACGCUUCAUCCGCAGGGGAGAGCGACAGUGGGGAUGCCAGUGACAGCGGAAGUGACGCAUUCGGUGACGGUCAAAUAAGGAGGAGUUACAAAGAGGGUAGGCCACGCGGCAGAAGAGGAGGCAGAAAAAGGGAGAGGAAAAGAGAAAACAACUCCAGUGACACUGCCUCGUCUGGUUGUUCAUUCAGCGACGAUGAAGGAGUGUCUUCCGAGAGGAAGAGGCCAACAGUCAUCGAAUUUUUGAAUGCCAAGUGGAACAGAGGUUCGUACAACGAGGAGGAUCGAGGUGGAAGUGAAAUUAGAAGUGAGAGUAUAAGUGAAGGUAGAAGUGGCAGUAGAAGUGAAGGUGGAAGUGAGAGUAGAAGUCCAACUGGGGACCACGGCGAAAGUUGCAGCCUGAACAGCUCAGUCAAUUUUGCGAAAAAGCGAAAGAAAGAUUCCCCCGGUGGGAAUAGAAAUAAACGAAGGAACAGUAAUUUCGAGGAGGCAUGGAAAGGAGUGGGCGCUUCCCAGCCAAGCGACAUGUUGUCUUCGAACGGGGAUGAGAAGACGCGCGGGAGUGAGUGUAUUGAGGGAGACUCUGACCGCGGGGAUUCCCCAUCAUAUUCGGAGGAGAGGAUGCAAGAGGGGAUGGAUGCGAGUGGAUUGGUCGACACGGGUGAAGUGGUCAAUGUGGACAAUGCUAGUAGUGGAAGUGGUAGUAGCAGUAGUAGCGGUCGAAGCGGUAGUGGUGCCUCACGGGAGUUGCAUAGGAAGACGACAACGAAUCGCAUGAGGAAGGGAAAAAAUGGACGGGGAGCCAUUUCAGAAAAGACGAAACGGGCAGGUGGAGUCAAAGGGAACAUAAAGGGUGUGUCGAAAAGCCGAGAAGACAAGCGGAGCGAGGUGGAUAGCGAAGGGGUGGAAGAACAUAUCGAAAAUGAGGACAACAAUGAGGAAGGCAUCGAUAAGGAGCAUGAGAAGAAUGAUGCAUCCGUUAAGGAUCUCCCCAAGGAGGGCGCGGGGAAGAGUCUCACGAGCGACGACCAUUCGGGCAACGACCCCAGCACUGACAGCGACGAGUUGGAUGGAAGCAUGAGCUCGAGUGAUCACAGUGAGAAGGAUGGUUUUCACUCCGCAGAUGGGGCCUCAGGCGAGGAGAAUUUCGAGGUGGGUGAGGAGGAAGUGGAGGACAGCAGUAGCGAACGGGAUGGUGCUCAUGGCAGUGGAAACCGUAGCGAUGGCGAAGUGGGGGAAGCACAGCCCGGGGAGGAUGUGCAGAAGGGGGAUGGUGCCUCACCGCAAAGGGACACUCAGAUAAAGAAAAAAAAAAGUAAAAUGCACAAAUCAAACGUGGUGAAGGGAGAACCGAACGUGUCGUAUGAGAAUGAACAGAAGGACGGCAUGGCGGUAGCAGAGAAGGACGAGACAGGGCAGAACUCCUCAUCUGCAGGAUGCACAAGCGAAGCGGAAGAAAGCGACACAGAAAGGAGCGAGAGCGAAACAACUUCAAACUACGAAUCCGCAGAGGAAAGCUCGGAGUACCUCCUAGACUGCUCAUCGGACGAGAUCACCAGAACGGAAGACUCCUCCCAGGGAAGCGGUAACAGUGAGGUUCAUGUCGGGGGGGACUCCAGCCCAGUUAGGGGCGCGAAGGAUAGUGUAGGCAGGGGAAUAGACAUCGGAAUGGGAAGCAUAGUAGGCAGCGCAGUAGGCAGCGGAAUGGGCAAUGACGUAAGAGGUAGUGCACCCGGUGGCGCAACCCUGGAGGAAGAACCCGACACGUGUGCAUCAUCUCUCCUUCGCGUUUGUAGUGGCGGGGUGAAGAUGGAGAAGCGCGAGAAGAGCCAGAAGACCACCGAGGGAGGGGAAGUAAAAGUCAUUAAAGGAAGCAACACCGGAAAGGAAGGCCUCCAGUACACAGAAGUACAUCUCCCCAGCGGAGUAAAGUGCUUCCAAACGGAAUGGCAACCACAAAGAAGCUGUUCCGGAGGACUCCCCCGAAACAACAAAGCCUGCAUCAUCAGGCAUGACAGAAAAGAGGUCUAUACUAAUAUGAAGAGCCUAAAUUACAUCAACACGAACCAAAUUCUGAGGAAAAUAAAAAAAAAUGUAAUAAAAGAGAAGAAUAUAAAUAUAUGCGAAUGGAUCAUCUUAUUGUCUUACGUAUUUUAUAAAAAAUCUCGUUACCUAGAUUUCAACAAAAUAUAUCUCUACAAUGUAAUGAAGAGGUUGUCUCCAUUUCUUCUUAAGCUAAACAGAAAGUGUAACGACAUGGAGAUAAGAAGUCUCUUCUUUUAUUUGAGCAAAGUAUUCAUCCUUGACGAUUACUUCAUUUUCAGAGUUAACAUUUUUACCUUCAAUUGGUUCCUCCUUUAUGUCUAUAAAAUGAAAUUGAAAAAUGUGCACUUUAUUGAGGACUUAAAUUUGCUAAUAAAUCUUUUUUGUGGGUUUUUAACCAACAGAAGGUUUCUGAAUUAUUCUCUUUUGUUUCUCAUCAAUGUCGUUUUGCAGAAUGUGAGGGGUCGGUGUCUGUACCUGGGGGGUAACUACAACUACGUGUGUUCUUUGUACGUGUCUUUCUUCUCUAAAGUUGUCUGCUUGGCUGCGCGGCACAGGGGCGCACUGAGAGGGCAGCCUAAGAAGGAGACGCAUAAGAGGGACAUUACUAAGUGGGACACUCCUAAGUCGGAGGUUCCAGAACGUGAGAAGUGCAAACUGGAGUCACGCACAGAUGGGAUGGCCGACCAGAGAGACCCAACCAUUGUGCACACCCUGAGCGGAGGAAUCGUCAAAAAUGAUGAACACGCCGGGGCGAGAAAACGGGACUUGAAGAAAGAAGCAGGAUCUCCAACCGCGGGGAAGCCAACCGCGGAGAAGGCCGCCCCUUCCAAACGACAAGAUCUCAUCCUCCUGUACGUCCUCUACGUUUCAAGAAACAACUUCGCCAUUUACGUCAGCCUACUAAAGCAUAUUCUGGACGACAUCCUAAAAUUUAAGCUGACGUACAGUUUCCACAGGGUAAAAAUGAAGACCAGGGCUUUUUACAGGAAGAUUAUUCGCUGCUUGAAAAAUGUUAAAAAAGUUAUGAACAGGUCAGGCAAGAGGAGGAGAAGAAGAAGCAGAAGGAAGCGAGGGGAAGACAAUCGCGAGGAGAAGUCGGAUAAUCGCCCUGGAAAGUCGGCCAUCCGCGUCGGCAAGUGGGACGAUCACGCGAACGUGAAUUACUCUUUUGUGUACCUCCUCAUCGGGGUGUUCUUAGAAUACACAUCCUUUUCGUUCACUCCAUCCGUAGUGAGCUUCUUCAAGAAUGAGAAGCUGGAAAUUCUGCAUAGAGAGCUCUUUUCCCACCUCAAACAAUACACAGACGUCACCUUCAGGUAUAUGAAAUUUUAUGCCCUGGACAUGAUGAGGGUUUAUCCUAACAUUUGGCUACGAAAUGUUUUUACGACUGUUAAUUUGAAGAAAAUGGAUGGAUUGGAUGAUGCGAAUGGCGAGGUUGGAGGGGCGGAUGGUGAGGAUGGUCAAGUGGAACCUGCGCAUGGCUGCUUAUCCCUCCUGAGGGGGGGAGAGUCAAAUGGGUGGAGGCGCCGACGCACUGUUAAGAGGAAUUCAGUGAAUACGGACGUGACAGAGAAGGGCGGCCUGUCUACCACCACCAUAACGGCUAUGACAACCACGGUGAUUACUCUCCACGGGGGGUGUGACUCUGGCAGGGAGGAGGGAGGCCCAGACAAAAAAGGCACAGCGGAACUAACUCAAAAGGAUGAUUCCAAUCGAAGAAGUGGUGUGAUGGAGGCGUACCGAAUGGACACACCCAGGGAGGAAUUGCAAAAUGGAUCCGUGUGUGAUCAGAAGGACCCCUCCCACAAAGGAAAUGAUGAGUCGAUACCUUUGGAUAGCUGCUCCAAGGGGAAGAAAGGAAUGGAACAUUGCGAGGUGGACUCUUUCAAAGGCGAAGCGGAACAACAGGGAGAAGGUGCCGAUGGGGAGUCACCAGGGGCAGCAGUAUCUCCGGGGGAAGCAGUCUCUGCAGAGCCACCAGAUACACCACUGCGAAAAACAGCCAAAAUGGAAAUCUCUGCCAGAGUGAAAAUCUCUUCCAAGAGUGAACCCCCAAAUGCAUUACAAAAGAAUCCUAAAGGGAAUCACUACACAGAUGAACGUUUCGUGGAUGCCACUCUCUUCAUGUUGUGUCGAUGUUUGAAGCUGUUCAGAGGGAGUGUCACACUUAGCACUCUAUUCGAUGUUUUGUUUCUCUCCUUCCUGCAUAGAAUUGAUGGCGACAGGCUAAAGCGUUUUCUGGUGGAAGUGUAUACCACAGAUAAGGAUCUCAGCGGGUUGGUAACAAAAAUAAUCUUUCGGAGUGUCCUGCGAGAGGAAUGUUUCCGAAACGUCUGUUUUGUGAAUUAUUUUUUGGCAAGGAGGGAGCCGCUGCAUCUUCCCCAUCUCGAUUUGGGUGGCUUGCAGGUCGGCUUGCAGGUGGGAUUGGCUGACGUGUGCGCAUUUUACCUCAGGGGGUUCAGGAGGUGUGGCAGAGGAAGCAGGAGGAAAAGUAAGCAGAUCGGUCGACGCAGCGGAAGUAGUGUGCGGCGCCACCCCCGAGGGGACGGACCUACCGAAGAGACUAACUACCUAAACGCACAGCUGCAUUUGAAGCCCUGCCCCUGCAUGUUCCUCAUGUAUGUACUUUUCUUCUCCAGUAUAUUUCAAAAUUUCAAAAUGUACUUUAUGCAUUUUACAAAAUUUUCCUAUUCGCUUCAGAGGAGAGUAAUGACAAAGAAGGGGGGUACCAAGAGGGGGGUUGUACCGGAAAAAGAGUCGCCUUGUCUCGAGUGGGGAUCUCCACAGGAGGAGAAGCAACAUGGUUACCGCUGUCAUUACUGCGAGAGGGGUUCCUUUUCGGACGGCGCGCUAGAGGCGGGGAAGAAGACCCCCAAGUCGAGUUCCCUCAACAAAGAGAAGGAAUCGAUAUCGAAGGGGGAGGAAGUCAGAUGGAGCAGAAACGUCGAGGAGGUGAUGGAGAAGUAUCACCUGAUAAGUCUUGAGGAUGGGAUAAAUAUGCUCCCCUUUAAGGGGAGUAUGAAGAAAUGCUCAUCGCCCAUCUGCGUGAGAGCGAAGCAGAAGGAAAGUGCAGUGAUGCGGACGAUGUUAGAGAACGUAAAAAUACGAGAGGAUAAUUCAAUGGGAAAUAGUGACCCCCUGUUUAGUGAAAGAACAGCCCAUCACAUUCUGAGCGUCCUGUAUGAGCAGAGGAGGAUGCGCGAUGUUCAGCUGGGAAGCGUCUUCGCCAGAAUCGAUGGCGGCAUAUUCAAUGGGCAGAAUUUUCAUGACCGCAUAUUCGAUGGACACCUAUUUGAUCGCCGCGUGGGGGGAGGAAGAACAAAAGGGAAACUACCACACGAGAGGAACCCUCGAUGUGAAACAAAGGAUCGAAUCCGAGAACGGUACAGAAAGAUCCUAAGUGGCGUCCUGAAAUGGAACAAAAAAAACAUUGCCUAUAAUAAGAGGAAGGAGGAGGGAAAGCAAAAGGCAACCCUUAAGAGGAGAAGAAACAAAUACACAAACAUAAUCUUCGAUGUGUACCCCUUGAUUUUUCUAUCCCUGGUGAAGCUACUUAAGGCCACUAUAAGCAUUAACGAUGAUGUGAAAGAUAAAUGCUUCGAUGUGAAGAAUGAGGAGUUUCCAGUCCAGCUGCACAUCUCUGUGGAGUUAAAUAAAAAUGAGGAGGCACUAAAAAUUCAUCAGAAGGGGAUGAAAUGUUUUGAGAGAUCCAAAUGGCAGUACUCCUUUGUCAGGAGAUGUCCCUGUAGUGGGAUUCCACUUCGUCAUUCCGCAUUUGGUGAUGCCUCAUCUUUUGAGGCACCAUCCCAUCCUCGCCCUGUAACAGCAGCCGAUCCCAAGUCUUCGAAGCUUCCACUGGGAAGAACGAACAGUAGCCUAAACUUAGCAAUAAAACUGCUUUACAGAGAAAUCAGAACCGACUUUUACAUCUGGAGUGAGUACUAUGACGAGAAGGUGCACCUAUACCGGACGCUUCUUAUCCUGCUGUUGUUGAAGUAUCUGUCCAGUGGUCUCAAUUUAUCUUCCUUUCGAAGAAGGUUCGUUCUUUUCUUUACUCAGAGACUCUUUCGCCUGCUAUGUUUCCGAGUGAUGUGUCUGUUUUUGUCCGACGUGCAUCUGAGCAGGCUGACUAGCGAGAUACUCGUCGUGGAUGAAGACUUCCUCGUGAAGAGCUACCAGGCGAAGCGGCAGAAGGAGAGGCGCAGUGUGCAGAGGCACCGCUUGCAGAGGGACCCCCCGGGCGGCGCGCAACUCUCGCCACGCCGGAGUCGGUUCCUCCAGAAAAAGUCCUACAACAGGUAUAAGAGGUACUCGGAGAACUUUCUCUUCAACGUGCAGUUUUUGCGCGGAAUAGAGGUAGGAAGGGAGGACGUGGACGCCUCGGAGGUAACCACCGCCAACGUAACCACCGCCAACGUAACCACCGCCAACGUAACCACCGCCAACGUAACCACCGCCAACGUAACCACCGCCAACGUAACCACCGCCAACGUAACCACCGCCAACGUAACCACCGCCAACGUAACCACCGCCAACGUAACCACCGCCAACGUAACCACUGCCAACGUAGCCGCUGCUAAACGCACCGUGUACAAGCCGUUCGUCCCAUUCGGAAGCCUCGUGAUGACCAAGAGGGAGAUCUUAAAGCUGAAGUUGCAGCGGAGGGAGGAAAUAAAAAAGGAAAACCUCUACAUAGAUAAGUCCAUUUUGAAGGGGAAGUCAAGAAGUAAAAGCAAAGGAGGACCAGAGAUGGAAAACCAAAUGCCAAGUGAGGAGAAACACUCCGUCCAGCUGUCCAUCGUCUCCAUAAUCCUCCUGAUGAACUGCCUCAGAAAGAAUAGUAACUACUCCAGCAGUAUCAAUUUUUAUUUAAGCCUCUUGGUGGACAAAUUUUUGGAGAAAAAAAAAUACAUACAUCUGGAUGAGCAGUAUCUUGUGCAUAGCUACGUGGUGAAUCUACAGAACCCGUUGCAGAUGAAUUGCAAGAGGGAUCUCUUCUCCAUGAGUGAAAAAAACAGCUGGGUCAGAAGGAAGUUUGAACUGAUUAACAGUGGCUACAGGUUCUGUAUCUCUUCCCGUAGAUUUCCCAUUUUGGAGCUCCUUUUUUACGAGUCGCUAAAGGUGUAUUUGACUUUUCUCCACAAAAAUACAUUAGGAGCGCUGGUCUGUAAAAUGUCUAAAUUUAAUAGCAUGUAUGCCGGGAUGAAUAGGAAUCUCCAUUUCGGGAUGAAGAUCAAUCAGCUCCUCUGUUGCAAACUCAACACGUUACUCAUCGAGGAGCACUUGAAUAUGCGUCUGACUAAAUCUAUUUCGAGUGUCACUUAUAUCCUGUCUGCCUGCAAAUUUCUCUUCAUCUCCAUGCUGGAUGAGACUGAGAAUUGUGACUUGGCGGUGCCCCUGUCGGGGAGGCGCGCUCGCCAUGGGGAGAACCCACGGGGGGGAGAAGCGGGCCAAAUACACCAGACGGGGCAAAUGCCCCGAGUGUGUCUUUCCUCCCGGGGGGACGACUCCAUCCUAGGCAGACACAGGCUGAUCGAUGGGGAGCAAGCCGAACGGGCAGGAGUCGAAGGGGGCGAUGCGUAUGACAUGCGAGUAGAUCAAAGUGAACCCAGUGGUGGUGGUUCUCACGGGAAAGGGCCAAACGUAGCAAAAUUGCGCAUUGUGGCGAACGGGACGAGUGACCCCCCGCGGAGGUACAAUCCGAACGAGAACACCUCCGGGCGACUGGUAGUUGGCAACUGCAGAAGGGAUUAUCUAAAUAGCGCUGUGGGAACAUUGCAGAGUGGUGAAGUGGCCAUCUCUCCUAGGGACACCAGUGGGGGGUGGACCCAGCGGGAGGGGCAAAUCACUCCCCAGUGGUGCAAUUCUUACCGGGCCUACCAUGUAACAAUCGAGCAGUGUACCAGGUAUCGAAUUGAGCAUUACCAUAGGGAGGAAGGAAGAAGCGUCCCUAUGAAGAAAAAGGCAGCCAUCUAUAUGAAGCCAGACGACGUGAACAAGCUAAUCACUUCCUUCGAGCAAAUGAACAGAACUAUUCUGGACUGCACCGAUUUCAUUUAUGAGUUAUACUUUGCCAGUGAGAGGGAUGAUCCUACACAGGAGGAGAAAGAGAAACGAAACAGACACAUAUACACAUGGUUUGAGAGCUGCUUAAAUGUGCUCACCUUCGAAAAGUGGGUCGUCCAUCAGCUUUACAACAAAUUUGAUAAUGUUACCUGCAUCUAUACGUUGAAGAGGAAAAAGACAUUGACUAGCCACGUGGUUAGAAUCAAUUCGCACAUUCUGCGCGAUAUUGCCAAGGUGCAGAAUUAUUUUGAGGACCGCUUCGAUCAUGUGAAGAAAGCUUGUCAUGCGGAUCGGGCAGCCAAGAAUGAAGAGAAUGAACCGAUAUGCAUAGAAGAUUGUGCAUCUAGGUUAGAUGCAAUGAGGGAACAAAACUGUGCAGAUGUGGCCGCACAACUUGGUGACAACACAGAGGAGCUAGCCAAACCGGAGGAGCUCAUUGAGGACUAUGAUGAGUUAAACUCUUUUAUCGACUUUGGGGAGGACUUAUCCUCCGGUAUGCUGCUACAAGGAAGGGAUGCGCGGGCCCUCGAAGGCGAAGUCCGCGAGGAUGUUCAGCGAUUGGAUCAGUACAAAGUGGACGAAGGUUGGCUAACCUACAUCCGAUCGUUGAUUUGA